AUGAAGCCCUCCUGGCUCGGCGUGGACGUCGCCCGCGUCCUGCACCUGGCCGCCGUCUUCUGCCUCACGUGCGUGCUGCUCAAGGGCAUCCAGCUGCUGCACCGCAGGCGGGAGCUGCUCCGAGCCUUCGCCAAGUUCCCGGGGCCCCCCACCCACUGGCUCUUCGGACACGUCCAUGAGUUUUUGAAAGAGGAAGAGAUUCUGGACAAGUCAGAGGCAUGGGCACAGAAGUACUUAUAUGCCCACCCCAACUGGUUUGGGAGUUUCAUGGCUAUCCUGACUGUCUCAGACCCUGACUAUGCUAAAACUCUGUUUGCCAGAGCAGAUCCCAAGGACGACGUUAGUUAUAAACACCUUGUUCCAUGGAUUGGGAAUGGAUUACUGGUCUUACAUGGGCCAAAAUGGCACCAACACCGAAAACUUCUGACUCCGGGGUUUCAUUUUGACGUCUUGAAACCUUACGUGGCCCUGAUGGCAGAGUCUACUAAUGUGAUGCUGGAUAAGUGGGAACAGAUGAUCACAGACGGGAAACCUGUGGAGCUCUUUGAGCACGUCAGCUUGAUGACUCUCGAUAGCAUCAUGAAAUGUGCCUUCAGCUGCCACAGCAACUGCCAGACCAACAGGCAAAACAGCUACAUCCAGGCCGUGUACAGACUGUGCUACCUGGUGCACCAGAGACUCAGCAUCUUCCCCUACCACAACGACAUCAUUUACUGGCUCAGCCCCCAUGGUUACUGGUUCAGGAAGGCCUGCAAGCUCGCACACCAGCACACAGAUAAGGUGAUCAAAGAGCGAAAGGAGUCUCUUAAGGAUGAGCAGGAAUUUGAAAAGAUCCAGAAGAAAAGACAUUUGGACUUCCUGGACAUUCUGCUCUGUGCUAAAGACGAGAAUGGAUCUGGUCUCUCCGAUGAGGACCUCCGUGCCGAGGUGGACACGUUCAUGUUUGAGGGUCACGACACCACAGCCAGCGGGAUCUCCUGGCUCUUUUACUGCUUGGCGUCACACCCGGAGCACCAGACGCGGUGCAGGGAGGAGAUCCAGGGGAUUCUGGGAGACCGGGAUACACUUCGGUGGGAGGACCUGGGGAAGAUGACUUACACCACCAUGUGCAUCAAGGAGAGCCUUCGCCUGUACCCACCGGUGCCCGGCGUAGCCCGGCAGCUCAGCAAGCCCGUCACCUUCCACGACGGACGCUCCUUACCAGAAGGUGCUACUGUUGCAAUAAGCAUUUAUCUUAUUCACAGAAAUCCCAGCAUAUGGAAAGAUCCUUCGGUGUUUGAUCCUUUGCGGUUUUCUCCUGAGAAUGUGUCUGGCAGACAUUCCCAUGCCUUUUUGCCUUUUGCAGCUGGAUUAAGGAACUGCAUCGGACAGCAGUUUGCCAUGAAUGAGAUGAAGGUGGCUCUUGCACUGACCCUGCUGCGCUUCGAACUCUCCCCUGACACCUCCAACCUUCCCUGCAAGAUACCUCAUAUCAUCCUUCGUUCCAAAAAUGGGAUUCACCUGUACUUAAAGAAAAUCCACUGAUGCUGGAAAAAGGGCUCACUUUGUAUGGGGGAGGCAUCAUACCAACAAUGAGACAAUAUUUCAUCAGAGCAAAAAGGCAAGGCAGGAUUCAGGGAUCUGGAUUCCUAAUUUUUGUGCUUCCUCCACCAGCCUUAGAGCCCUUUUUGGCCUUGCAGCCUAUCACAAUCUUUUCGUUUGAUUUACAGUUUCUGCCAGUCUUUCCCUCACCAAACUCUGUCUUCACUCUCAUGUCUUCUCCAGGUCUUUCCCAUUGCCCUUCUACCUCCCUCGGUGCCUAGGCUGGAGCCUCUCAAAUUGCAUUUACUUCUAUGAGGCCUUACAAGAUCCGAUCUUGCUCUCUCUUUUGUAUCUGGUGGAUCUCUGUUUUGUUAAAAGCACUGAUUACAGUUUGGGCUCUUAACUUAUGAUCAGAUUUCAAAAUAUGAUGCCAUUUUUGUCUU